AUGGCGGGAGCUCAGGGCGCAAACCAGCCAGGCCCGGCGCCAACCACGGCAGGGCCACAUCGUCACGACGUUAUCAACAAGUUGGAUCCUACCGUCGAUAGCCAAUCUGGAGGUGCUCGGGUCCUGGGCCCAGGGAUGAAUCCAUCAGCGCAGAGAGGGGCCGCUGCACCGAACAUUCACGAGCCUCGACACAUCUCCCAUCUGGCCAACGUCCUUGAUCCGCGGGUAGACAGCACCAAGACUGGAGAUGCCGUCCAGCAAGGUUCCGUGGCUCCUGGGGUUUCCGGCCAACCGCCAAACAACGCUCCGCAGGGCACGUAUGGACCGCACUCAACACGAGCUGCAAAUGCUCUGGAUCCGACGGUCGACUCUGGCUAUGCCGGCGACGGAGCUCGACCUCUUGCGCCUAAACCCGCCCCGAACACGGCCGGUCCUCAUCGCACCGACAUGAUGAACAAGCUCGACCCGACCGUCAACAGCCGAGCUGCGCAGCAGCAGCCUACCUAUAGGACUGCCUAG